GUGGCAAUGGAUAAAAAAAACAGGAACUCAGCCUUCAGUCAUAUCUUCUUUCCUGCAAAAGAGUGCAUGGGAAACACUCAGGAGAGAAGAUUGCAAUGAUGUUUGAAUGCUGUGCUGAAGAAUACCUGAUUAAGGAAUAGAUCAACUUUGUCAUAACUGACAAUGCAUCCAACAUGAGAAAAGCUUUCCAGGCCAGCUUUCCCCUAGAGGAUCCUUGUGAUGCUGAAGCUCAUGAUCCCAGCACUUUUGAGGACGAUGAUGAAAUAUGGCAAGACCUGAUGCCAGAAGAUCAACAGACAGUCAAUGACACUUUGGCUGAGAACUGUAAGAUGCAGAGACUAUCAUGCUUCACACAUUCACUGCAGUUGGUCAUAAAAGAUGGUCUGAAAGACACCAGUGGGCUGUCAAGCACCCUAGCAAAGCUAUCCCGUGCAGCCAACCUCCUCCACAGUGGCACCUCGUUUAAAGACUGCUUUGAAGCGUGUUCUGGUGAUGCAACAAUUCCAACAGCGAAUGCCACACGAUGGAAUUCCACUCUGAAGCAGGUGAAGGCUUAUGUGCAUUUAGACAUGCAAAAGCUGUCCAGUGUGUUGGAAUCAGUGGGGCACAAAAGCCUUAUCUUAUCCCCGCGAGAGUAUGCUCAGCUUAAAGAACUGAUCGAAGUUCUUGAUCCGUUCUUAGAGGCAACCAACCUAACUCAGGGUGAGACUACUGUCACCGUCAGUGUGAUUGUGCCCUGUGUCCUCACUCUGCGCUGUUACCUGCAGGAAAUAAGAGGAAAAGCCAGAUACUGUGGGCCUCUGGUGAGAUCUGGAGAGCUCCUUGAAAACAAGGUUUGCAGAGGUUUUCAGUGCAGUCAAGAUACCAGGAUGUGAGCCGGCUGAAGGAAGAGGCCCCACCAAAUUUCCUUUCACCAAUGCCUACUUCAUAGCAUCUGUGUUGGACCCAGCAUUUGGCUUCCAGCGGCUAGAACAUGAUGUGCAGCUGGACAGUGACGUCAAAGAUGUGCUGAAGACUGAGAUCAAAGAGUAUAUAAAGGCAGAGGGUGACAAGCAAGCGGUAUCAACAGCAGAUGCAGCGGAAGCAACAGGACCAGGGGAAGGUGAACUUUCAGAGUCUCCUCCUGAGAAGCAGUUGAGAAUGUUCUCCCACUAUAGGAGGACUCCCUCCUCCACCGAGAAGAAGCCGUCUGGCCAGGCUCAGUUGACUGCAUACCUCAACUUGAUCGCUGAGCAGGACUCUGACUCAGUCCCGUGCCUCAGGUUUUGGCAGCAAAACAAAUCCAAAUUCCCUACCCUCUAUCAGAUUGCCACACAGGUAUUCUCUAUCCCUACCUCCAGUGCGCCCAUUGAAAGGGUAUUUAGUCAUGGAGGCAUUUUGAUGAGGCCUCACCGUGCAAGGUUGAGUAGU